CCUGUAGGGUAAAGUGGGAGGAGCUGUUUGAAAGCUAGAAGACUAGAACUGAUGGAAGACAUAUAUAUAUACAGGUGUGACCCUGCAUUGGUCCAUCACGCCUCCUGCUCUUCUGAAACCAGCAUCAGUUUCCAGUCUGACUAUGAGAGGUUUUGUAUUGCUGUGCUUGCUGGAGGCGGCCUUUAUCCAGGCCAAACAUUAUACCUGGGGUGGGCCUGGAGACACUGGCAAUGGAGCUGUUGAUCCCAACACAGAAAAUUUGUGUCUUGUGGACCAGGCCUCGUGUGGCUGCUGUCUGAUGCAGCAGCAAAUCCACAGGAUGAAGGAAUUCUUCAACAUGAGCCUCAAUGAGCUGGAGAGGGAACUGACAAAGACAAAGACGGUCCUCAAUAAUGUCAGAGCCAGCCGCAGUGCCUUCUCUGUCGCCCUAACCAGUCAGAGCAAACUGGAAUGCUUCGGCCCCCACCGCGACGACAAGCUCAUCCGUUACAAACAUGUCUUCAUCAACCUGGGAGAAGGCUACAAUGUGGACACAGGUGUCUUCAGCGUUCCCCGCUCUGGGGUCUACAGCCUCGCCGUCACCGUCUACAGCGACUCUGGUUCUCCUGGUAACACCUUGGCAGCCUGCGCGGGGCUACUGGUUAACGGACUGGUGGUGGCAGGGUCGAGAGAGAAAAAUAUGCAAGACCAAGAGGACAGUGCCACCAUCGUCAUGGCCAUCCACCUGAAGGCUGGGGACAAGGUGGCUGUCAACCUGCCCAUUGGAUGUUUCCUCUGCGAUGACAGCAGCCAUUAUAACACUUUCACUGGUUUCCUGCUUUAUGCUACUGACUAAGUUAGGGAAGAGUCGCCGCUCAGAUGCUUCGACAACCCUUACCCGCCUGACUAGAGUUGAGUGAUGCAUGAAAUCUUUCAGCUGUGACAAUUUCUUUAGUAUUUUUAUAAUGGAUAUGACCCAUAUCCAAACACUUACGCUCUCAUCUACACUUUGCCUGAUGUUUUGGUAAUGUAGGGAAAGUAAAAAUGCAAGUUAAUUGUUGUGUUGUUAAGAUGUCUCUGUUCGAGCUUUCCUCACCACUCAUUCCUGUCAUAUCGUUUAAGUACUUGUGUUUGAAUGAAUCUGGCACUCAUUGGUUCGACUGUAAUGAAAACUGUGAUUGAAAUCUGUGACAUAGGCUACCUAAAAAAUAAAUAAAAGUCUACAUAGCUGUA